CCUCAGUCUAAAGAUUUCUGUAAAACAUUUACCAAAACACUGUGAAUGCUAGCAUUUCGGAAAAGAUUUGCUGCUUGUUAUUUGCUCUAAACAGGCUCUGUGUGGAUGCGUAUUUAUAGGUAUCGGAAGAGAUGUUCUACUUACAGGGUUCUCAGAUGCUCCAGGUUCUGGAGAACUCCCUGAGGAAGCACCUGCCUGAGACCUUAAAGGUUUAUGGGACUGUCUUCCACAUGAAUCAGGGAAACCCAUUCAAGCUCAAGGCUCUGGUGGACAAGUGGCCUGAUUUUAAUACUGUUGUUAUUCGACCCCGGGAGGAGGACAUGGACGAUGACCUGGACCACUACACCAACACUUACCUAAUCUACUCUAAGGAUCCUGAGAAUUGUCAGAAGUUCCUCAGCUCAUCAGAAGUCAUUAACUGGAAACAGCAUCUACAGAUUCAAAGUUCACAGUCAAGCCUGGACAAAGUGAUAGAAACUCUUGGAGCCAUUAAUUCAGGCAAGGUCAAACAUACACAGUGCAUUCUCUAUAUGAUACUUGAAACAGCAAAGAAAUUGGCUCCUUCCUUGGUGGAUGGGAAUAACUUAGUACGCAGCAGUGACAAUACCAGGCCCAUUAAUCAAGAAUUGUUCAAAUUCACCUCCCUUGAUGUUACACAUGCUGCGUUGGUGAAUAGCAUCUGGCAUUUUGGUGGCAAUGAGAAAAGUCAGAAGUUCAUUGAGCGCUGUAUCCACACCUUCCCCAGCUCCUGUAUUAUGGGACCUGAGGGGAUUCCCGUGUCCUGGGGCCUGAUGGACCACACUGGAGAAUUGAGAAUGGGAGGCACCUUGCCUCAGUACCGGAACCAGGGUCUCAUUUACCAUGUUGCCUUCCACCAGAUUCAGACUAUAAAUGAUCUUGGCUUCCCCAUGUAUGCACAUGUGGAUAAAGCUAACUUCACUGUACAGAGAAUGGUUGCCAGGCUGGCUCAUGUCCCCAUGCCCUGUACUUGGAACCAAUGGAAUUAUGAGCCUCUAUGAGUUAAAAAGAGUGUUGAGGGUACAGUCCUUGUAGAUGGAGAAACAGCUGAGUGAAUAGAGAGAAGUACUAAAUUGUCAUUAGGUGGGCAUGUGGUUCUAGAGCAGGGGUAUAUCAUGAACCGCACACACCUUUUCUCUGCCCUCACAUUGCUCAUGCACUUAACUCCAUUUCCUUGUCAUGCAGAAGGUCACUGUCUCCUGCUCCAAGUCUGUCAUAGGCCCCACAUUCUCAGGAUGCCUCUAACACAGUGGUUCUCAAACUUUUUAAUUCUGAUACCCUUUAAUACAGUUCCUCAUGCUGUGGUGAACCGUAAUCAUAAAAUUAUUUUUAUUGCUACUUUAUAACUGUAAUUUUGCUACUGUUAUGAAUCAUAAAAUAUAUAUCUGAGUUUUCUGAUGGUCUUAGGCAACUCAUGAAAAGGGUCAUUCAAACCCCAAAGGUUUUGCAAUCUGAAGGUUGAGAACACUGUUCUAAUACAUUUAACUGAAUAAUUUUCUUUUCUACUUUGCUUUCACAGCUUCUCAUCCAUGUACAUUAGCAAGUAGAUUUGUUUUGUAACCUGCCACACCCCAGACAUUCAUACCACCUCUGGCUUUCUGUUUGUUGUUUUUCUUUAGUUGACUGGAGGUGUAGCUUGUCGUCUAUAAAUACCUAUUCAAAAUCAUUUUCUAUCAGGUCACUUCCGAGAUGUUAUAUUGUUAGUAUGUAAAAACUACUACACAUACAUACAUAGAUGCACAAUGUGUGUGGUGAAAUUGUAGAAUUAUAAAGAAAUAAACCAGGGAUCAUCAAGUACAGAUGCUUGCAAACAAGCCAUUACCUGGAAGAAGAAAACCAAUUCCAUCAAGUUAUCCUCUAGCCUCCACAGGUGUUCUGUGACAUGUAUAAUCACAAAUAAAAAAUGUAAUUUUAAGAAAAGA